CUUGACUUACAGGUGCAGUCGCUGCAGGCCACACUGGGGACACUCGAGUCGGCGCUGCGCAGCUCCCAGCACAAGCAGGGCCUCACGGAGAAGGCCGUGAAGCAAGGGGAGAGUGAGAUGGGCCGCAUCGGCGAGGUCCUGCAGAAGCUGCAGAACGAGAUCCUCAAGGACCUGUCAGACGGCAUCCAUGUGGUGCGGGACGCUCGCGAGCGGGAUUUCACGGCCCUGGGGCACACGGUGGAGGAGCGGCUGACUGAGCUCACCCGGUCCAUCAACGACAACAUCGCCGUCUUCACCGACGUGCAGAAGCGGAGCCAGGAGGAGAUCAGUGCGGUGAAGGCAAAGCUGGCUGCGCUGGAGGAGUCCAGCGGGAACAGGCAGGAACUGCAGGCCCUGGAGGCCUCGGUGCAGGAGAUGCAGGGCUCAGCCCAGUCCCGCGCUGAGGACCUGGCAGCCCUGCGCGGCUCCCUGCAGGCCCUGGAGGCCGAGGUCUAUGCUGAGGUGCGGGAGCUGGUGAGCCUCAAGCAGGAGCAGCAGGCCUUCAAGCAGGCGGCCGAGGCUGAGCGCCUGGCCCUGCGGGCCCUCGGCGAGCAGCUGCAGCGCUCCGAGGAGGCCUCCCUGCACCUCCCGGAUGAGGUCAGGAGGCUGCAGGAGGAGCUGCGCCAGCUCCGGGCUGAGAGGGACGGUGGCUCCGGACACUCGGACGCCCUGGAAGCCAGGCUGCAGGGCAUGGAGUCGGCUGUACCCGCCCUGCAGGAGGCCGCCGCACGCCAGGCCGAGAGCCUGCAGUCGCUGGAGGCCAGGAGCCAGGAGCAGGAGGAGCACCUGGCCGCACUGCAUGGCCGCCUGCAGGGCCCGGGGCCCGAGGCGGACAGGGACGGCCUGGCCAGCACGGUGCAGAGCCUGGGCGAGGCGCAGCUGGUGCUCUCCGGCGACGUGGAGGAGCUGAAGAGGAGCUUGGGCCAGCAGGUGACCGCGCUGCUCAGGGAGGACUCGGCCGCUCGGCCGCCGAGCCCGGACUUGCUGGACAAGCUGUCUUUGCUGGACAGCCUCAGGUCCUCGGUGAGCCAGGUGGAGUCAGACCUGAAGAUGCUCAGGACUGCUGUGGACAGCCUGGUCGCGUACUCGGUCAAGAUUGAAAGGAACGAGAACAACCUGGAAUCCGCCAGCACUCUGCUGCAGGGCCUGCGGAAAGACCUGGACAGGUUGUUCGUAGAGGUCGAAAAGAUUUACGAAAGGAUCUAGAGAACUGCGGGUGCAGGGUGAGCACUUCCAGGUGUCUUUCUCAUGACCAAAAAAAGUAUAGUUUUCCUCCCGGGGGUGCCCCCACUUCCGGUCCCCACCCUGCGGUUCUGUGCCUGGUUAAUUUACUCUCAGUGAUCGCCACACACCUGUCCUUUGAGCCUCUGCUUCUCUCUUUAGCUGGUGUCUCGGGCUGGGGCUCUGGGAGGCAGUGCCUGGGGUCAGGCAGACUUAGGGGCCUAGCCCAGGAUUAACAGAAGCAGAUUAACGCCAGCCUCAGAAACCCUGUCUGGCCGAGAUUUCAAGUUGAAAGAAAAAAAGAAAAGUGGGGACGGCACUUUUAUUUCUAAUUGUCUUUAAGAAACAUUAAUUUUACUUUUUCCCCUACUCCUGCCAGUGUUUGGGGACACCCGUCUUGCUCAUUGUCCUCCUCUUAAAAGUGGCCAGAAGUUCUAGGUGCCAGCUGAGCCGGGCGGGGCUCUCCUUCCUUUUAAACGUUUCAGCUGCUGGAGGGUGGCUGCCCAAGGCUCCUGUGGUCUGCACAUCCAUCCCCUCCCCAGCCCUCUGGCGCCCUCGAAGGUAACUAUGCAAAGCACCAGCCUGCAGCAGUGCAGCCCCAGUCCCCCGAGCUGUGCCAGUGCGUGGGGAGGUGCCCAGGACUUAGCGUCAGAACCCCAGGAAGGAGCAGCCCUUCAGGAAGUGGCGAGUGCUGUCCAUGGCCUCCCUGGGCCGCAUCUUAACAGGGGUGUGGGUGGAGAGGUCUGCAGCCUGAGAAGACCCCUGUAUUUCUAUGUUUCUUGCACCCCUUCCUUUUUGAGCUGCUUUAAUGACUGUCUUGCCCUUCCAAACAAACAAACAAACUCCAAAACAAAAAAAUACCUGAAAAGUAAAAGAAAGGGGGGAAAAUAGUUUAGUUUACUGUGAAAUGAACUGUAUGGCCUAUUUACAGUAUUUUUAAUUCUUAAUAAACUCGAGCUUUGUUAAGACUUUUCC